CCCUCGCUCCGCCCGGCCUCGCGGGGAGCAGCGCCCGUCAGCCCAGGAUGUUCAAGAAAUUUGAUGAAAAAGAGAAUGUAUCGAACUGCAUCCAGUUGAAAACAUCGGUUAUUAAAGGCAUUAAGAACCAACUGAUAGAUCAAUUCCCGGGUAUUGAACCAUGGCUAAACCAAAUUAUGCCAAAGAAAGACCCCGUUAAGAUAGUACGAUGUCAUGAACAUAUAGAAAUUCUCACAGUAAAUGGCGAACUGCUGUUCUUCAGACAAAGGGAUGGACCCUUUUAUCCCACACUGAGGUUACUACACAAAUAUCCAUUCAUUCUACCACAUCAACAAGUUGAUAAAGGAGCCAUUAAAUUUGUACUUAGUGGAGCAAAUAUAAUGUGUCCUGGCCUCACAUCUCCAGGAGCAAAGCUUUAUCCUGCUGCUGCUGAUACAAUUGUGGCAAUAAUGGCAGAAGGAAAACAGCAUGCACUAUGUGUCGGAGUCAUGAAGAUGGCAGCAGAUGAUAUAGAGAAAGUCAACAAAGGGAUCGGCAUUGAAAAUAUUCACUAUUUAAAUGACGGCCUCUGGCAUAUGAAGACCUACAAGUGAAAUCAGCGGGAAGUAUGCGGUAUGCUUCUUGCCAGCGUGGACUACUCUGUAAUUCUGUUUUUAAAUGUGUACCUGAAUGUACAAAUUUAUUUUGUUCUGUGGCUAUGCUAAAUAAAUCCAAGUGAAUGCUGAA